GCAGAAUUCUAGUAAGUUCGUAUAGAAUGAACUGAUCUAACAUCCCUAAAAUAGUGACAAAUCUUUGAAUCCGUGGAGACAAAAACGCUUCUUUGUUCUACAAAUGCAGCUUUUUGUAUUAAAAUUUACUUGUACGAAUAUAAUGGAAUAAAAAGAAAAUAGACGUUUUAAUUGCAGGAUCGACAUAAAAUUAAAUAAUUAGGUUGCCACCUAACAAAAGAAAUCAUUCUCUAUUCCAGUAAUAUCAGUAUUUAUCGCUAAAUGAUAAAAACAAUAAAUAUCAUUUCUACGUCUCACUUCCUUAGUGCUUAAUCACUCGAAACCAGAAAAUAUAGGAUAGAUAAGAAACAGUAUGAGUGUACACAUGGCUGGUUCUACAGUUGGUCCUUCUAACAAAGGAAAGUGUUGGCAAGUUAUCGAGCAUAAGUAAACAUUGGACAUUUCCUCUUCAGAACUUUUUUUUUUUUUCAGGAUUUUUCCUUCAAUUUAUAUAGUGUUUUAUCGAAUCACAUGAUAAGAACAUAACGAGUAUACUCAUUUAUCUGUUUAACGUGUUCGCGACGGGAUUUGCCAUCGGUGGUUCCGCCGCCAGACAAGAGAAAAUAUAUAUAGCUCAAACGCAUGACGUAAAUUUUACGUAAAAUAAUAAAUAUGGGUGAAAAAGUGCCAAACAAAGCGCAACCACCAGCACCACUAAAAGCAAAUGGCAAUUUGGAUAAGAAUUGGUGUACCUGGAGGAGUGAUUUCAUAGAAUUUAUGAAAGUGGAAGAUCCCACAGAAUCGUACAAAAAUAGAUGGGGAACGUUUCUUUUGAUGUUUAUUGGUCCCAUAGGGCAAGAAGCUUACAAAAAAGUAUCUUUGGAUACAUCUUUAGAUAAAGAAAAUUUCGAUGCUCUGCUUAAAAAAUUGGAUUUGUAUUUCAUUUUUGGAACUAAGGAAAUACAAUAUAAAGGGAACAUCACUGACUAUGUCAAUAAUUUAAUGGAAAUUGCUAAAGCAAGCAAUCACAGCGAUGCUCAAGAUAUUGUUAAACAAAAGAUUAUCAACGAUAUUAUGAGACUGAAAUCCGAUAAAGAUUUUGAAACAUUUUUACAGUCUUUGAAUUUGAGCGAAAUUAUUUCUGAAUGCAUAUCUUUACAAAAAUUCACAAAUCAAAAGGACAAAAAAACUAAUCCUGAGCAAACCUUUACUAAAAAACGUCUCAUAAAUAACAGUUUAAGCGUAUGUGUCAGAUGCGGACUGCAACAUACACGCAAUAAAUGUCCUGCGCAUGGAAGCCAAUGCAACAACUGUAAGAAGUUCAAUCAUUUUACGGAGAAGUGCAAAACUAAUGUAAAAUUUGUUGACAAUUGUUCCAAAUGUGGAACUGGGCAUAAGCAAAUAGAAUGCCCUGCUUUUGGAUAUGCAUGCACAAAGUGUGGCAAAAAUAAUCACUAUUCGUGGAAGUGUCAAGCUCCUAUGGUGAGAAAUUGCUCUAGAUGCGGCACAGACCAUAUCAUAUCUCUAUGCCCUGCACAAGGAAAAGAGUGCUCACGAUGUAAAAAACCUAACCACUUGGAGACAAAAUGUAUCAGCAAAUAAUAUAUUGAUAUAAAUAAAUAUUUUUAAACUUAAAACACUCGCAAGCAAAGAGAAAACAAAUAUAAAAAAAAGUAUUACUAAUAAUAAUCGACUCAGCACAUUUGUAGCUAUGUAUUCCUUUAAUUUUGUUAUUACGUCAUAAAAAAAAAUAAAAACGGUGAAAAUGUACUAUUUUCUAAUCAUAUAAUAAACACCAAUUACACGUG